ACGACAUCCAUACCUUUGACUCGAAUCUGUCGAAAUUUUUUGAUACUUAUACCUCGCCAUCCAGCAUGUGUCCCCAUCAAAACGGUGAUUCUCUCCCUACCAACCCAGACCAAAUGGUUUCUGUAGACACAAACGGUUCCACCUCCAAGGUCAACGGUGUCAACGGCACCAACGGGACAAAUGGCAUCAACGGCCAUCGCGCACAAAGAGACCAGCAGCAACGAAACCCAUAUGCACCUAGGGCAUCAGACUUCCUCAGCAACAUCUCAAACUUCAGCAUCAUCGAAAGCACCCUCCGAGAGGGCGAGCAAUUUGCCAAUGCUUUCUUCGAUACCAAAACUAAAAUCGCCAUUGCCAAGGCUCUCGAUGCUUUCGGUGUCGAGUACAUCGAGCUCACCUCUCCCGCUGCUUCGGAGCAAUCCCGAUCAGAUUGCGAGGCCAUCUGCAAGCUUGGUUUGAAGGCCAAGGUCCUCACCCACAUUCGUUGCCACAUGGAUGACGCCAGAAUUGCCGUAGAGACUGGUGUCGAUGGUGUCGACGUUGUGAUCGGCACCUCUUCUUUCCUCCGUGAAUUCUCACACGGAAAGGACAUGACUUACAUCACCAAGACCGCCAUCGAGGUCAUCAACUUUGUCAAGUCCAAGGGCAUCGAAGUCCGUUUCUCAUCAGAGGACUCUUUCCGCUCAGAUCUCGUGGACUUGCUUUCGAUAUACCAAACCGUCGACAAGAUCGGCGUCAACCGAGUGGGUAUCGCGGAUACCGUCGGCUGUGCGAACCCCCGUCAGGUUUAUGACCUCGUAAGGACCUUGAGGGGUGUCGUUGGUUGUGAUAUUGAGAUUCACUUGCACAACGAUACCGGAAUGGCCAUCGCUAAUGCCUACACCGCGCUUGAAGCUGGUGCAACCCACAUCGACACCUCUGUUCUUGGCAUUGGUGAGCGUGUCGGGAUUACCCCCCUCGGUGGUCUCGUUGCUUGCCUUUACGCCGCAAACCCCGAAUAUGUCAAGGCUAAGUACAACCUACCCAUGCUGCGAGAAAUAGAAAACCUCGUAGCAGAAGCAGUCGAAGUCAACGUGCCCUUCAUGAACCCUAUCACUGGAUACUGUGCAUUCACACACAAGGCGGGUAUUCACGCAAAGGCUAUCCUCAACAACCCCAGCACGUAUGAGAUCCUCAAGCCUGAGGACUUUGGUCUCACUCGUUACGUCUCCAUCGGUCACCGUCUGACAGGAUGGAACGCAGUCAAGUCGCGAGUCGAACAACUCGGGCUUACUCUCACUGAUGACGAGAUCAAGGAUGCAACUGCCAAGAUCAAGGAGCUCGCUGACGUCCGCACACAAUCCAUGGACGAUGUCGACUCUCUCCUCCGUGUCUACCACUCUGGUAUUCAGUCAGGAGAGCUUGCUGUCGGCCAAAAGGAGGCGCUUGACCGGCUGCUCAAGCAGCACCGCGAGGCUCAAUCUAGCCCGGCGCCUGUCCCUGUUGCUGCAUGAGUUACCGCCGCACAGUGUAUGUCGCUAUACACUGGUGAGAUUGGUGAUCUAUAACCACGCUUAGCGGUGGUAUGUAGGAUGUGGGACUUGAGGAAGAGAAAAAAAAAAGGCUAGUUCCGACUCCACGCAACUAAUUUGUAUCAACACUGUGGAGAGGGAUACACAUAUACGCCCUGGAUUUUGUAGCUUGUAUGUUAUGUUGUAGAUUGCAUAUAUAUUGACGUAUCUGUUGUGCUGUUUACCUGAAAUUGGGUGUUUCCAGGAUGAUUU